AUGAAGAAUCAGGGAGCCCAGCAGAAAUUUUUUGUGUUAGAAGGGACAGAAGUAAGAUCAAAUUCCAAUGGUCAGUACUUUGGAACAUGUGUGCUGACAAGCAUGACAAAGUAUCAAGAAAUCCAUGAACUAUUCAUGCCAGAGAAGCAUGUACAGAAAUUGACUCAGUCAGUAAAGAAAUCCCUUAUUGUGAAAGGAUUCAGCCAGAAACAAGAUGGCACCAUGACCUUGAAUGAGGCUUCCAAGAUCAUGGAUACAACUGAUGACAAUGUCAAUGAGGAUAUUGUUAAGAAAUUCCUUGAGCCCGAAGUGGAAGAUGUAGCCACAAUCAAAACCAAAGCAAAAGGAACACGAGUAUCGAUAAAAGGAGAAGUACGAAAGACAACAAAUGUAUUAGAAACUCCAAAUUCGCGACGAAGAAUCAGUGAUUUCAUUAAGUUUUGGAAUAGCAGGAAAUAA